AGGGGCUUGGAUUGGUAUACACCUGUGUCCAUGGAGGGGAUUGGAACGCCUGAAUCAACAUGACUGGGAGGGAUUGGAACACCUGAAUCACAUGAUAUGGAGGGGAUUGGAACACCUGAAUCACAUGAUAUGAAGAGGGAUUGGAACACCUGAAUCACAUGAUAUGGAGGGGGAUUGGAACACCUGAAUCACAUGAUAUGGAGGGGGAUUGGAACACCUGAAUCACAUGAUAUGGAGGGGAUUGGAACACCUGAAUCACAUGAUAUGGAGGGAUUGGAACACCUGAAUCUCAUGAUUGGGAGGGGAUUGGAACACCUGAAUCACAUGAUAUGGAGGGGAUUGGAACAUCUGAAUCACAUGAUAUGGAGGGGAUUGGAACACCUGAAUCACAUGAUAUGGAGGGGAUUGGAACACCCGAAUCACAUGAUAUGGAGGGGAUUGGAACACCCGAAUCACAUGAUAUGGAGGGGAUUGGAACACCUGAAUCACAUGAUUGGGAGGGGAUUGGAACACCUGAAUCCAAUGAUUUGGAGGGGAUUGGAACACCUGAAUCCCAUGAUUUGGAGGGGAUUGGAACACCUGAAUCCCAUGAUAUGG